CGCUUCCGGUUUGUAUAACGUGGUUGCGGUAAAGUGAUCUCGACGACUUUUACCGCGUUUGCGAGCUUACCUCAAUUUCGUCAGGAAUUAUCGACUGUCGCUUUUUUCCCAUUCGUUACUAUUGCCUGCAGUUCUUCAAGAUGAUCGUUGAUAACGCGCUUGCGCGGGUAAUGAGCAGGGCCAAGCAGGCGGACGAAUUGCUCGCUUUGCUCACUGCUCAGCUGGAAUCUUUGCGUGCUGCUAGAAGAGAGCGAUAUGUUGAAGCUGAAUGUGCCCGUUUACGAAGCGAAAACGAACAGCUCCGCCAAGAGGUCGAAGCAUGGAAAAAUCGCCUCGAGGCAGCCGAAGCUGGCAACGGUAUCGCGCCAGUAGGUGCUUCCGCGCAACUAGCGAAACCUGAGCAGCCAGCUCAAACAAAUAACGCUAGGCCAGCUGCACGAGCCGUAUCGCAGAAGCCUGGCGAUGCUGGUGCCGGCGAUCAGCCCAAGAAACGCGCUGGGCCCGCAGUAGACGCAAAAGCACCCCCGGCAAAAAAAGCGGAUGCUAAGAAAAAGCUGGAAGACAACGAUGACUCUAAGCCAGUAGAUGUGAGCCGACUUGACCUGCGUGUGGGAAGAAUCGUGAGCGCAGUCAAGCACCCUGACGCCGACUCUCUAUACGUUGAGCAGGUUGACGUAGGUGAGGGAAAACCUCGUACAGUUGUCUCGGGACUGGUAAAAUUUGUGCCGCUGGACAAGAUGCAGAACCGCAUGGCUGUACUUCUGUGCAAUCUGAAGCCUGCCAAGAUGCGUGGUGUCACAUCGGAAGCCAUGGUCAUGUGUGCGAGUACUCCAGAGAAAGUUGAAAUUCUGGCUCCUCCUCCAGGUGCUCAACCAGGCGAUCGUGUUGUCUGCGACGGUUAUCCAGGCCAGCCAGACGCACAGCUGAACCCCAAGAAGAAAAUUUUUGAGCAGGUGGCCCCCGAUCUCAAGACUGACGGUGAAAAAAGGGCAACUUACAAAGGCCAACAAUGGCUUGUUACUGGCUGUCAGGGCCAUGUGACUGCAGAGACAUUAUGCAAUGUCCAGAUUAAGUAGUUUACUAGUAUGAGCAGCAGUAUGAUGUGUGCUUAUGAUGAAAAUAAGCAGAACAAGUGGUAACUCUUAUUGCUAAAUACCAAAAGUGUACCGACAAGUUAAACUACACAUAUACAAAAUUGCAUCAUGCACAUUGCUAGGUUAAUAAAAAAUUUACGGUAUAUGCAGAAUACAGCAAGUGCUAUACACAUGAAGUUACAUUACUGUGCUUUUGUCAUAAGUUAUACAGACUGUAUUUGGUUCUUUGUCAAUCUCAUUGUUCUUUAAGUCUUCUAAUAAACCUUUUUGAAAUACAA